UUUGCCCCAGCAAGGACGUCCGCAACAACGCGACCAACUUGCGCGUUCUCGAGAACUGCACGGUGAUCGAGGGCCACCUGAAGAUCCUGCUCAUGUUCAAGACCAGACCGGAGGACUUCCGGGGCUUGAGUUUUCCAAAGCUGGUCAUGGUUACGGACUACCUGCUCCUCUUCCGCGUCUACGGCCUGGAGAGUAUCGGCGACCUCUUCCCGAACCUCACCGUCAUUCGCGGCAACAACCUCUUCUUCAACUAUGCCCUGGUCAUGUUCGAAAUGAUCCAGCUGAAGGAAAUCGGCCUCCACAGCUUGACCAACAUCACGCGCGGGGCGGUGCGCGUCGAGAAGAACCCCGACCUCUGUUAUCUGUCCACUCUCGACUGGUCCAAGAUCUCGGACUCGAUGGAGGACAACUACAUCGUGGCAAACAAGGAUGAGCGGGAGUGCGGAGACAUUUGCCCGGGUAUCAUCAAGGGAACGAUCACCUGCAAACAGACCACCAUCAACGGGAAUUUCGGCGAGCGUUGCUGGAACCAAAACCAUUGCCAGAGAAUUUGUCCUUCCGAAUGUGCCCACGGUGCCUGUACCCCCCAUAAGGAGUGCUGUCACGAUCAGUGUCUGGGCGGCUGCUCUUUGCCAGGGAACGCAACCAAAUGCGUAGCUUGUCGCAACUUCCUGUUCGGCGAGGCGUGCGUGGACCGUUGCCCGCUGGGAUACUACACCUUCAAGGGAUGGCGCUGCGUGUCCUUAAAAUUCUGCCAGGACCUCCACAACCAGUGCAAGGGCAAGAGCGGCGACUGCCACGAGUACGUCAUCCACAACGGGGCCUGUAUCCCAGAAUGCCCGUCUGGAUACACCACCAUGAACUCCACCACGUUGAACUGCACGCCAUGUGCCGGUCGAUGUCCCAAACUGUGUACGGGGGUGAAGACUGUGGACUCGGUCAUGGCAGCUCAGGCUCUGCGGGGCUGUACGGUCCUCAACGGCAGUCUGAUGAUCAAGAUCAGCGGAGGAAACAAUAUCGCGGCGGAGCUGGAGACCAGUCUGGGUCAGCUGGAGGAGAUCACGGGUUACCUGAGCAUCCGCAGAGCCUACGCUCUCGUCUCCCUGUCCUUCUUCCGCAAGCUGCGUGUUAUUCGCGGGGAAGUGCUGGAAGCCGGGAACUUUUCGUUCUACGCCAUGGAUAACCAGAACAUGCGGCAACUAUGGGACUGGUCCAAACACAACCUCACCAUCCUCAACGGCAGGAUGUUCUUCCUCCACAACACCAAACUCUGCAAGUCUGAGAUCCUCCGAAUGGAAGAGGUGACCGGGACCAAGGACAGGAUCCCUAAAAACGAGAUCAGCAUCCCAGCUUAUGGAGACCAGGCCUUCUGUGAAAACCAAGUUCUGAAAUUUACACAAAUCCGCACAUCCCACAACAAGAUCCUCAUCAGGUGGGAGCCGUUCUGGCCCUCAGACUUCAGAGACCUGCUGGGAUUCAUGGUCUUCUAUAAGGAAGCUCCCUAUAGGAACGUGACUGAAUAUGACGGACAGGACGCCUGUGGCUCGAACAGUUGGGCGAUCGCUGACGUGGAGCCCCCGCAGCGCGUCACCGAGGGCAACCAGAUAGAGCCGGGUCACCUCAUCAUGCCUCUGAAGCCCUGGACCCAGUACGCCGUCAUGGUCAAAACCCAACUCGCCGCCUCUGAAGACCACCAGGUCCGCGGGGCCAAGAGCGAGAUCAUCUACAUCCGCACCAACGCCACGCGACCCUCAGUGCCACUGGACCCCUUUUCCUGGUCCAACUCCUCCACGCAGAUCAUUCUGAAGUGGAAGCCGCCCUCCGAUCCCAACGGAAACAUCACCCACUACAUCGUCUACUGCCAGAAGCAGAACGAGGACAUCACGCACUACAAGUUCGACUACUGCCAGCAAGGCAUGAAAGUGCCGUCCCUUAUGCCUACACACCAUCACAUCGAAGAAGACCAGAAGGGGAACCAAACGGAGGUGCCCGACAAGAAGGGGCGCAACUGCGCCUGCCCCAAAACAGAGACGCAGCUGAAGAAAGAGGCAGAAGAGUCUGAAUUCCGCAAGACCUUCGAGAACUACCUCCACAAUGAAGUGUUUGAACCCAGGCCCCACCGACGGCGCCGCUCAGUGGGCGUAGCCAAUGCUACGUUGCCGAAUUUUGCGGUCACACCAUCCAGCCUGCCCAACUUUGCCACCACUUCAAUCCCAGAGGAGGACAAGAGCCGGAAGAUGGUGUUCAAAGCCAGCUCCAAAGAGUCCACGGUCAUCUCCGGCCUGCUCCACUUCACCAGCUACCAGAUCGAGAUCCAGGCCUGCAACCACCCCACAGACCAGAACCGCUGCAGCAUGCCUACAUACGUCCACGCCCGCACACUGCCUGAACUAAAAUCGGACAACAUUGUCGGGCCAGUGACUCAUGAGUUUAUUCCUGACGAACCGGAAUUCGUCUCCAUCAAAUGGCAGGAACCGAGAGCACCCAACGGCUUGAUCAUACUAUAUGAAGUCAAGUUCCUGAGGAUGUCAGAUAGCUAUGAGGAUCAAAUCUGUGUGUCCAGAAUCGCUUAUGAGAAAAUUCAUGGGUGUCGAUUAAGAGUAGUGCUUCCUGGGAAUUACAGUGUGAGAGUCCGCGCCACCUCGCUGGCCGGCAACGGUUCCUGGACGGAGCCUGUGUACUUUUCUGUUCAAGACAGGGAAAUGAACAUGAAAAUCAUCAUUGGCCCAGUUAUCUGCUUCAUUGUACUGUUGUUUCUGGCCAGUACAGUCUUUGUUGUCCUUAAGAAGAAACAAACUGAAGGACCGACUGGCCCAUUAAUUGCUUCCUCGAACCCAGAAUAUUUAAGUGCAAAUGAUGUUUACAUCCCAGACGAAUGGGAAGUGCCUCGGGAGAAGAUCAACGUUUUUAAAGAGCUCGGUCAGGGAUCGUUCGGAAUGGUGUACGAAGGCAUCGCUAAAGACAUCGUGAAGGGCGAGCCGGAGACGCGAGUGGCCGUAAAAACCGUCAACGAGUCUGCAAGUCUGCGCGAGAGGAUCGAGUUCCUCAACGAGGCUUCAGUUAUGAAAGCAUUUAGCUGCCAUCAUGUGGUCCGCUUGCUCGGUGUGGUAUCUAAGGGGCAACCAUCGUUGGUCGUCAUGGAAUUGAUGACGCACGGAGAUUUGAAAAGCUACCUGCGUAGCCUGAGACCUGAUUCUGAAAAUAACCCAGGCCGUCCGCCACCAACCCUGAAGGAGAUUAUCCAAAUGGCAGCGGAGAUAGCAGACGGUAUGGCAUACCUCAAUGCUAAAAAGUUUGUCCACAGAGACCUCGCUGCCCGAAACUGCAUGGUGGCUGAAGAUUACACUGUGAAAAUUGGAGAUUUUGGAAUGACACGGGAUAUCUAUGAGACUGAUUAUUAUCGCAAGGGCGGGAAAGGCUUGCUGCCCGUCAGAUGGAUGGCGCCUGAAUCUCUAAAAGAUGGCGUUUUCACCGCUCACUCUGACUGCUGGUCUUUUGGAGUGGUAUUAUGGGAGAUCAGCACGCUUGCCGAGCAGCCUUACCAGGGACUGUCCAACGAGCAAGUGCUCAAGUUUGUCAUGGAUGGGGGAUACCUGGACAGACCGGAGAACUGCCUGGAGAGAAUACACAGCCUCAUGCAGAUGUGUUGGCAGUACAACCCGAAGAUGCGGCCCACCUUCCACGAGAUCAUCGAGAUGAUCAAGGAGGACCUGCAUCCCACUUUUCAUGAGGUCUCCUUCUUCUACAGCGAGGAGAACAAAUUGCCUGAGAGCGAGGAUUUCGAUAUGGACUUCGAGAACAUGGAGAGCAUACCACUGGACCCCUCAUCCUAUACCCAACGCGAGGAGAGCCUCAGUAGAGACAACGGCCCCUCGGUGGGCCUACGGGGCAAUUACGAGGAGCACGUGCCCUAUACGCAUAUGAACGGUGGAAAGAAAAACGGAAGAAUUCUGUCUUUACCCAGAUCUAGUCCGUCCUAACAUUUGCCUCGGCUUUUCCUCUCUCGUUUUUUUUUUUUUUUUAUAAAAGUUUUUAAAUGUGUUAUUUUUGCAGAGGCCCUUAAAGAUACACAGAUCUCAGGUCUUUUUUGUUGUUGUCGUCGUUUCUGUCUCACGCUACACUAGUAUGGUUACAACGAAAAUGGACGUUUUAUCAUCCGGCACACCAUACGCUUUCUGACACUUUUACACUUUUGCCAAGUUUCCAAGACAGUUUGGUUGGGCAAACUGUGAACAUGACUAAAUCAACCAGAAAAGCUGCUUCAGCUACAUCACCUCAAAGUCCACUUCCUUUUCCCUGGAUGCUUAUUUCCUGUCUGUCUUUUUUGUUUGUUUUGUUUUUGUAAGUGGAAAUCUUUUGAGAUAGUGGCCUUUUAUUAUGUGGCCUAUAAAAAAAGAGAAGUGUCUAUCAAUGCUUGUGUUAAUUUCUUUAGAACAAUGACUUUACAGUGUGGAACUGUGGGAUGGCUUAUUUUCUUUUAGAACAAACUUUUGUUUUCUAGAGGAAUGAAUUUUUAUUUUGUCCUGGAGAAUUCCUGAAUUCACAUAGAUGGUUUUCUGGUGAAUGAGGUUUAAUUUAUUUGCUUUUAUUAUUUUAUUUUCUUCUGAGCUUUUUACUCCUGUGUCCUUUUUACCGGCUGAAGGAUAUUUAACAGUUACGAAUUGGACAAAAGAGUUACUCAGACUGACCAAUAGCUGCUGCUCUGAUAUAAAGUGGGUAUUAUAGGUAUCAGUAUUUUAAAUAUACUAUCCACAACAUCUGAACUUUUGUACAUAAUUCUAAUGUCUUUUUCUAAUGUCUUCAUCAGCUUUGCUUAUACAUUUUUUUUUUUUUUUUGAAAAUAAUAUUUUUUUGUGAGCCGUUUUUUUAUUUUAUUUUAGUGUCUAACCAAAAAAAAUCGCAUUAAUUAACAUGCAGGUCGACUCGCAGUGAUAUUCCAGUGUACAGAGGGGAGCAUUUUUGGUUUAGUUUAAAAUAUCAAAUAUCAAAAUGAUCAAAAAUUGUAAUUUUGGGAUCAUUAACAAUAAUUAUAGAACUAAUAAAAGUAAUAAUAAUUAUUAUUAUUAUUUAAUUAAAAAUACACUCAUUCGAUUGCUCAACGGAACAGAAUAAACGUUCGUAUUUCCUGUCAUAAAUGGAAUUGUUGUAUAUCCCUCAGUUUAAGUUUGGGUUUCCGAGUGAUGUUAUGGAGAAUGCUUUUGGGAAUGUUUUGGAGCGUCGUCUUCAGUGGGAUAUGAAAAGUAGUUUUUGGCUCGAUUGGCCAUUUACCUGAUUUUUAGUGUAAAUGAUGACAAAAAAGAUAACAAACGUGACUCCAGAGGGAUACUGGGUAGUUUUUUGACAGUGGAAAUAUACUAAUUCGACAUGACAAUAUAUUUGAAUCGGAUCAAUAAAGCAUUCCUGUAAGUUGUCAGGCUCCGCCGGUACCUGUUUAAGUAGGCUAUCCAAAAGUGAGUGUAGUUCUCGCACGUCGUCACAUAACAGCGUUACUCUGUAGUUCUGAGAAAGAGAAGUCAUAGAAGACCAAUGGGAAGGUAAGCUUCCUUCUCUCUGUCAGAAUGAUGCCGCUUUUUCCCGAUGAACCCCUUAACGAUGAAAAAAAGCAGUUAACCGUCAUGGCCGACAGCUUUCGUAUGCAGACGCUCAAUUCCUCAACUUUGUGCCUUUUCCCAUCGCCAGAGGCAAGAGAGAUGGCAUUUUUACUGCAUCUUAAUUUGUCGUCAUCAAAAAUGUGCACAUUUCACAUAUGUGCGUGUAUAUUUGUCUAUGUAUAUUUAUUUGCGGGUAUUUGGGAGGGAAACGGCAGAACGAGGCUAAAAUUAAGAAAUUAGCCAUUUCCUCACCAUAAUGCUCACUUUUUUUUUUUUUUUUUUUUUUUUUUUUAUCGUAGCCUGAUAGAAAAAAAUGUUCCCUUUCUCGACCUUAUUGGCUUUAUUUUAGAUGUACAUUGCAGAAUCAAAGACAUCAAACUUACUUGUAGCUAUUCAUACUCUAUUACAAAGAAAGUCAAAGUUUUUUUUUUUUGCUGUAGCAGUGAGCAUAUAUUAUUUUUUUCUAAAUUACAAGACCACCAUAUCUUUACAAAGGCAACUGUUGAUAUUUUUAUUUAUUUAAUGAUUCUCAUAAUAAUUUAAAUCCCUGCUAGCUUUUAUUACAAUACUCUUAAGGCUUUUGUGUGUGUUUUUUUGUUUUUUUUUUGUUUUUGAGAGAUACAGCUGGUGAGGUCGAGAACGCAGUGGGUUUACUAGCGCUAAAGUCUUUCUGUUGGUUGUUUGGACACAGUCUACCUCAGUAUGUUGUUAGAAAAUGUAUUAGAGCCACAUGCAUCUCUCUUUAGUUGUUUGAAUUUCUUUAACAGGCUUGUUUCGGUGCAGCGAACACCACGUCCACAAUCCCUAAUUCGGCCACUAGGGGGGUUCUCUCUCGCAAUUACCGACGUAAAAUGAUUUCCCUUUGGCAAUAUUUUGAUUUUGAAGAAAGCUUUGAACCCAAAGAAUCCCUUUAAAGGGUUGCGUAAUUCGUUCUAGUCGUUUUGAAUUACGCAGAACCAGUUUAGUUGCGCAACAAUGAGAUUAAAUUAUCAUUUAAAAAAUGUAACCGUGGAGUAUUACAAAGGUACAACGUAAAAAAAAAGAUACUGUAGACCUAAUUGUGUGGGGAAAAAUAGCUAAUAUAGUACGGGACACCGUUUGGCUCUGUAACGCUAGGAGUUUUAUAUCGACUAUUACAUAAAGCACUUAUUUGAAUAAUAGAAACUUUUUCUUUAAGCCACUUGUCGUUAGCUACGCCACGAACACUUUAGUCUGCAAUUUUGUUUCUGCGAUUUAAGCUAAAUUUAACCUUUCAAGUCACUUCCUAAGAGUGGAUGACUACUGAAUCACAGUUUGUUGCGCAAAAAAUGCCCUACUUUUUAUACUAUAUUUUUUUUAUUGGCUACGUAGCUACAGUGGGUGUUUAACCGUUUGUGGAAAUAGCUUCUUUGCUCGCUGCGAUAUCUUACCGAACAAACUUUCUGAUGCCCCCAAGUUCGUAUAUUUAAAAAAAAAAUCGUUCACUGUUUAUUUUUUGUUUGCUCCAAAUGUGAUUGUCUUUAUCAUUGUGUUUUUCUACUGUGAAAAAAAAUUCUAUCAAUGCCAUAGUUAGUAAACACGGACUUCACCUCUGCCUCUCCUUACGCGUGCGUUCAUAAAUAUUCUUGCGGACAAUCCUAUGUGCCAUAGAAACUUUUUUUUUUCCUCAGGGAGAUGUGAGAGUUGGGUUUCGUUUAUCGGAGGAGCGUCAAUUAUCCACUGCUAGCUUAAUCGUACGAGAAAAACUAAGGAUGGACAACUGCAAAAACGAUGCCUUUUGCGCAUCUCUAAAGCGUUUAGCAUAUUUCGUUGCCUCUCCAUUGUGUAUCGGGGAACAAAUUGAGCGCCCCCUGGUGGAUCCGUAGUGCCUUGCACAAACCUAAGUAUCCUCCAAGCCAAACCUGGCCAGCAAACUCCCUGGACCGGAUUGUUUUUCACCCAACAUCCUCAAAAUACUGGAGCCUAUUGUACAGAUCUCUAGACGUAUAGGUACACAGGUUAGCACAUCUUUGGCUCAAUGCUUGGCUCGGUUUUACUGUAUUGGUAUAUGUGAAUGAUAUUCUUUUCUUUUUAUUUUGAAUUAAGCUGAACUCGUCUCUUCUUGGAAAUGCUACGGCUUGUUUUGUGUGCUUGACAAACUGCCCAACGUCGUACGAUAGAUUCACCAAACAACAACUUUGGCAGCUCCCAGUGUAAAUCUAAAUUAAGAGACUAUAAUUUUGAUAAUUACAUUUUCACAUCAACCCAAAUGCGGUUUUCUACAGCAAGCUAGAAGAGCGAAACAGGUCGAGCGCAAGGCAUUGUAUGUAUUUUAUUGUUUUUAAAAGGAAAAAAGUAUUACACGUAGAGAUAUUACGUUCUAUUUUUUUAGUCAAAAUAGGGAGGGCGAAUUCAAUAACUUUUUUGACUGACUGUAAACUUUUACUAUUCAUGUACAUUACGGAAUUAACCUUAUCAAUGUAUAUAGCUUUCUUUUCAAUGAAAGUGUGAUGUCUUUUGUUCAUGGCAUUACACUGUGAUUCAGAGAUAUAAACGACAUCGAUUUUACUCUCCAAGCUGAUCGGAUGACCAUCCCGUUCAGGGUUUGGCCUCCAAUUAAUGUUCUUCUUUGUACGACGUUGCAUUGUUGUUUAAUUCUUUUAUUUCAUGUACAACUACUUGUUUGCCAUCCGAGAAAUGAUUGCAUAUCCUUUGUCAGCAUUUUGUAUUUGUAAAUUGUUACCCUUUUCCUUGUACUAUACGGAAAAUUCCUCUACAUGGCGAUUCAUAAAGGUGAGGUGACCGUUUGAAUAAACAAUUGUUUUUCAAUGUGAAAAACUGGAAAAGACCACUGCAGACUUUAUUAUAAGCUACAAUCGUGCACAAAUCAACGUAUAUUUGAUAUCUGAAACGAUUGACAACUUCCACAGAUUACAGUGAGCAAAUCCGGAAUGAAAUGAAUUGGCCCCAGUUACAUCAGCAAGUCAAGUUUUGUUAAUAUUGAAUGUGUUAAAUGUUUAUUUCUUAUGUAAAUGUGACAUCUUUUGGGGCUUAUAUAUAACAGACGGAUAGUUUUUCAAAUGGCUUGUUUAAACAUUAAAUGAUCAGAAAGUGAUGUGUAUUUUGUUUCUUCUGUUGUCCUGUAAAAAAAUGUUCAUCAUUUUGUUUGUUUCAUUUAUCCCCGCUGUUCCUCGUUUCCUUUUGUUUGUUUUCUGUGUGCACAUAGACGAUCCCCACAGCUGUUUUGAUUUCCCAGUCCUGUCAUUCAUCUGUAUUGUAGUUUCACCUGUAAAUGUUAUUUAAUCAUCAACACACACUUUCCCCACAAAACUUUCCCUUCGCUGGUUGAAAUUGUGCCAUUUACGUUGCGGUACGCGAGCGUAUGGAAAACCACCGUCACUUAUUCAAACAAAACAAUUAAUUCGUCUGACCAGGAUCAAACUGUGCCAUGAUUAACUAGUACGGAUCGACAGUUUUAGUUUUUCCAGGAGAGCCAAGCAGUGACGUGUACAGUAAAUGUUGGAAUGAAAUGAAAAUGAAUCUUGCUGUGUGUAAAUUAUUCAACAAUUAACUGUUUAUAUGAAAUUUAUGAAUUAAAAAUUAUUGGGAAAAAUG